AUGAAGCGUGCGCGAAGAGCCAUGAAGCAUCGCUCGAAGGAAGACAGCGGGGACUCCUCGUGCACCAGCGCGGAGGGGAGUUCCAGCAGUGGAGACGAGGCCCACCUGUUCGAGGAGACGCGCAAGAUCAGGAAGGCUGCGAUGAAGGGGCCAGGCGCCCUUUCGGCCCACACCAUUGCGAGCAUGUCCAGGGCCUUGCUCACGCACCAGGGCUUGCCGAUCGAGAUCCAGGAUGGUCCAGUACCGUGCGUAGCCCUCCAGUACCACAAGCAAGUCCUGUCGCAGAAGUUGUCCCCGCCAUUGUGCAGGGAGAGCUUGAAUCUAUGUGCUGCCACGGACGCCAUCUUGAGUGGACAGGUGGCGCUGGGGGUAGACAUACUUCUCCAGCGUUUGAAGUCGGUCGAGAGCUUGGGAGGAGGACAGUCAUGGGCGGCUUCACAGAAGUUGGAGUUGACACCUCAGGAGGGAGUCCAACUUGCAGGCGUCGAAGAGAGCAAGACGGCCAACAAGGAGCUGCGAGAGGAGUUGAAGAAUCGACAAGCCACGCAGAGAACAUGGGGGAAGAGCGACAAGGGAACUUCGAAGAGCAAGCAGGAGGAGGCUGAGAUUGAGACAGAGCUGGAGGAGAUGGCAAGACUGGCUUCGUGUGGGGCAGAGCAGACCUCAAGAGUGCAGACAGAUGACCUACUACAGAUGCAGAUGCCGUAUGGGAGUGGGAGACUCUAUAACCACUCCUCGGUGGCCAUUUUGGCCAGUACAGUGCCGGAUGAGGAUGCCGCCUCUGAAGGCAAACCUACAACCAGUCCGCUUGAAGAGCGAAAAAAGGAGUUGGGAGCGGGCGGAUUUCGUUUCGUGGACGUCGUGGGGGACUUGACCAGGGACCUGUCACCUUUUCUUCGCAAGACCUUGACCAAGGGGGAGGUGUUCCCACUUCCCUACGGCAGCUCCCUAGCUGGACCCCCGUUUGACGUGUUGGAUGCAGAGGUAGAGUAUGACUGUACUCGAUUCCUGUUAGAUGGAUGGGAGAAAGUUUCCAAUGAACCUUACCCAACGUUCACUACCUCACGGCCAAGCCGAACUCCUGGCAGGGGUCCUGCCGGCCUACAGCAAUCGGGAGAAGACGUGCUUAGGGACUGGGCCAGUGACUUGCAUCGUUUCCCACCAUACCAAUACCUUCACAAAUUUCGACUGCAAGACAAGCAUGGCAACACCCGCCUGUUGAAUUGUGAAGAGCGAGAAGUUCUGAUGGGUUUUCCACGAGGCUACACUGUUCAAUGCUACCCGAAGCAAGAGCAGAACACACAAGCUUGGCAGGAUGAGCGGCUCACCCUCGUAGGAAACAGCUGGAACGUCUUUGUAGUGGCAUGGUUGUUGACACAGCUCUCCUUGGUUCUCGGCAUAGGUCCGCGCCUGAGCCUUCGGGAGGUGGUAGAACA